ACAAAAUGACGUUCCAUCGACAACCUGUUGCCCAGAGUACAGAUGGCAUAAGAGGAAAAGUUAGUUAUACAAAAGGUCUACAUUUAUGGGAAAUACACUGGUCUACUCGGCAACGGGGUACACACGCUAUUGUAGGGGUUGCCACUAAGAUAAGCACCUUUACAUUCUCGGGGAUACCAGUUAAGUGUUAUGUACAUGUCCACACACCUAGUUAUUUGAACAAAGUUUUCCCUCCUGCAGUAUGCACAACACAUUUAAAGAAAGUGUGCAAUAGUGAGUUAAUCCUUAUUGUUCCCUUCCAGGGUUUGGUAGGCAGUAAUGACCAGUCAUGGGGCUGGGACCUAGGCCGAAAUAAGUUGUGUCACAAUACCAGGCAAGGCAACCCGGACAUUACUUAUCCUUCAUUAUUAAACAACAAUGAGACCUUCGUUGUCCCAGAUAAAUUUUAUGUUGCCUUAGAUAUGGACGAAGGAACGUUGGCAUUUGUUGUAGAGGGUCAGUAUUUGGGAGUAGCAUUUCGUAACCUGAAAGGCAAGAAGCUUUUUCCCAUAGUUUCAGCUGUAUGGGGCAAUUGUGAAAUUUCUAUCAGAUACAUAGGUGGACUAGAUCCGGCACCGCUACCUUUGAUGGAUUCAUGUCGCUGGAUAAUACGACACGCUGUUGGUAAACAAAGGUUGACUCGUUUACGGGAGCUAAAUUUACCUCAGUCUGUUAUUCAGUACCUGCUGUACGGGGAGGCCAGCUCUCGUAGCACCAACGUGACAUCCGAACUACGUCAUUGUCACCAGAAAUACACAACUUUCACACCCCACUGGAAGGCAUGAGAAUUGAACUCAUGGCCUAUAUAUUGUAAAUAUUUUCUUACUUAUAUGUACAAAAAAUAAAUUUAAUAAUAUUUAGAUUUUGUAACUAUAUUCCUCGUAAUUAAUAGCGCUGAGUGAAAUUUGACUUUUUCUUAUAUAA